AUGGAGUUUGAUUCACGAAUUAAAGCUUAUCGGUUUGUUGUAUAUUCAGCUGUUACAUUUUCUGUCGUAGCUGUUUUAUCAGUCUGUUUGUCAUUACCACUAAUAUGGAGUUUUAUGUCUCAUGUUAAAAAUCAAAUGAAUAAUGAAAUUGCAUUUUGCAAAGGUUCAGCUAAAGAUAUUUGGAGUGAAAUAGCUCAUUUAAAAAAUUCUCCAUUCAAUGAUGGAAAUAACAGAACUGAAAGACAAGCUGGUUAUGCUAUGGGAGGAGGUGAUGUCGGUGAGAAAUCUGGAAGUAAAGGUUCAACAACAACUAAUAUUGGAGUAAAUUCAAAUUCAUGUGAUGAUUGUUGUAAACCAGGAGCACCUGGACCACAAGGAACACCUGGAAAACCUGGACGACCAGGUAGACCUGGAGCACCUGGAGCACCAGGAGUACCUGGAAAAGGAGCACCAGCAAUUUGUGCUCCUGUUACACCACCACCAUGUAAACCAUGUCCUCAAGGACCACCCGGACCUCCAGGACCACCUGGAGCACCAGGAGAUGCCGGAAUUCCAGGACCACCAGGUAAUCCAGGUAUGGAUGCACCACCAGGAGAACCUGGUCCAAAAGGACCACCUGGACCACCAGGAGAGCCAGGACCACAAGGACCAAUUGGAGAACCAGGAAAUCCAGCAGUAUCAGAAGCUCUUAUUCCUGGUGAACCAGGACCACCAGGAGAACCAGGACCACAAGGGCCACCAGGAUCACCAGGACAACCAGGAGCUGAUGGAGCCCCAGGUGCUCCAGGUCCUAAAGGACUUCAAGGAGUUGAUGGUACUCCUGGCCCAGAUGGAGCUCCAGGUUCACCAGGAGCCCCAGGUAAACCUGGACCACAAGGAGAAAGAGGAAUUUGUCCAAAAUAUUGUGCUAUUGAUGGUGGUAUCUUCUUUGAAGAUGGAACAAGACGCUAG